AUGGAGUCACUUCUCACUGCCGUCCAGACCCUCGUCCGUGAGACACUCAAGGUCCCACGCCUUAAACCAACUCGCUCCGAUCGCAAACAACCGCCGAAUAAACAGCCACAUGCAACCUCCAUUUCCUCAGAGAUACACCUGUCCCCCUUCGAAGAGCUUCCUCCUGCCUAUGAGCCUUCAACGUGGUGGCUAGACGGCCACUGUCCUGCACACCCUCACUUCGACAACGCUGAUAGAAUCCGGCUCCGGACGACGGAAGUCAAGCGUCCCCUACUUCAGUACAUCUUAGAAGGAUGUCGAAUCCUUCUGGAACGAGCGGACAACAAGCCACUUCUGCUCCCAUUCGACCAACACAAGACGCUCUGGAGCGCAGCCAUCUCCGUCCAUAAGUUUGGCGUCUUAUAUCUCGCCACUCGCUCAGAAUGUCGUGGAGAGUUCCUACCAGCCGUGGAAUCCAACCUAGACCACUUCAAUGAGAUCGUCGCCUUCCUCUCUCACGACAACAAUGCCAUCCGUGCCAUCAACUACGGCGUCCACCGCCUGGUCAACAGCAACACUCUCACAGUGGACCACCAAACAAAACUCGUUCCCCCAAAUGCCAUAUCAUCCAUUGGCCCAGGCCACAUUGCCGUUCGAGAAAAAGAUUUCGACGGCGAUAGUACCGACAUGCUGGACAAUUCGUCCGCGAUCUGGGACCUCCACGACUUCGCCCACCUGACUGCUGCGUCUGUGUGUCCCGGGCUAUACGGCUCCAAAUACUUCACGCAUCUGAUCAAACUUCCAUCGAAGCUGACGGCUCUGAUACGUAGCCCGAAAAUGAAGACGGCAGACCCUACGCCCCGUUGUUCGGAUGGAGUUGUCUUCAGCGAACUGCUCACGGUCCUGUUCACGUCUGAGAUUGAGGCGGUCCAACGAGCGGAGAAAACACAUACCUAUGCCUCUCUCGCUGAUACUCUGGCCGAGGACGUGGCUGAUUACCUGAUGGGGAAAUGCAAGCUUCAACAUCUGACGACGGGUGCCAUGCUACAGGCGAAGAAGCCCAUCAGCGCGGUUCAACUGGCGACCUUGGUCCAGAACAAGGCGUAUGAGCUGACCGCCAGCGAGAUCGAACAGCGGGUGAUGACCAGGGGUGGUCCUGCUGGGGACUCCAGGGACGAGCUGGAUGGCUGCAGCCCGUUCGAGAGAAUCAAGUUCCUGGCCCACUGUCGAAGAUGGCUGUACUUCGAAGUGAGGAAUACAAUCAAGCAUCGGGCCCAUAAAUUGGCGUACAAGAAGGUAGCCGAGCGUAUGCUUGCAGAGGGUGAUGACGCUCCAUCACCAAAAAUGAUCGUGUUCUGUUAG